GUUCGUUCGUUCGUUCGUUCGUUCGUUCGGUGGUGGCGGAUCGAUAACGGCGCGACGGUAGUGCGCGAACACGAUGAGCGACGGUCGGCGGUCGUCGCCGUCGCCGUCGUCGUCGUCGUCGUUCUCGCCAUCCUCGUGUCCAGGUCCUCGUGUCCUCUCGUCGUAACUGUGGUGUUAUUGGGUCGCGCGAAUCGGCGAGUGCUCAUCAGAAGCGUACGUCGACAGGCCGAAUGCCAAUGACGUUGGCGCGUUCACAGGACGAGCGUUGUCCGCGGUAGCUCUCGGUCCCACGAACACAAACCCUUCGUGGCCGAUCGCUUCUCCUCGCGACAGGACAGUUGGUGCAGCGCACAGCGUCGCGGCGCGGCGCGGCGCGGCGCGGAGCGGAGCGUCGUCGCUCAGCCACUUCCGGUGACGUGACGUGAAGCGAGUGAACGAGCUCGCGAGCGGACGCGUGAUCCGGUCGGGAGAGGACGGGAGAGGAGAGAGAGAGAGAGAGAGAGGGAGGGGGAGAGAGAGAGAGAGAGAGAGAGACUAGUGUGCUACGCGUUUUCCGGAUCCGGGAGGUUAUGAACACACGGCGCGGCUGCGGCGGGGAGCUCGCGGCGGAGCAGGAAGCCGCUCGCGAGUGGUGAGGAGCCCGCGCGCGUCGAGACGCGCGCGCGAGCGAACAUGUCGGCGACGUCCUGGAGCGGGACCCGCCGGUGCGCCGCGACGCCGGCUCGCAAGAGGAUACGUCACCUCCUGCUGACCGCCGUCCUCGUGCUCGGUCUGUUCACCGGCACCGUCGUGUGCGAGAAGAGCAAGAAAUAUCAGAUGACCGACAUUUGCAAGAAAUACUUCCUGCGGGAUCUCUACAGGAAGAUUGACGGCGCCGUUCUUACUUCGCAAAAUGAGAGGGACCUCAAUUGCGCCAUUACUUUCCAGACUCACAGCAUCCUACAGCGGUUCAUGCUCCGAUUCGAUCAGCUGCAUCUAGACUGCAACGACCAUCUCUACAUCUACGAUGGCGCGCACGCGGUCGGCAGUUACAAGGCAGACCUAUCCUGCAGGAACACGAAGCAGACCGUGGGCGCGAUUUACACGCGCACCAACUUCGUGACGUUGAGAUACGUCACCGACGCCUGGGGCACCAAAGAGAACGGCUUCCGCCUCGUCAUCACCGCCGUCAAGGAUCCGAAACAUACUUGCAAGGAUUUCCGGUGCACUCAGAAUGAAUUCUGCAUCGAGACGGAUCUCCUCUGCGACGGCGUGAAUCACUGCGGCGACGGAUCCGACGAGGCCACUUCCACCCUCUGUGCCAACUCCGAGGCAUCGACGAUCCUGGGCAUGCAGACUACUUGGUUCGCCAUCGCCCUUGUUUUUCUGAUACUCAGCAUAGGCUGCUUGGUAACGGCGGCGGUUCUCUGCUUUUUCAGGAAGCAUGUUCUUACCCCGAGGCACCCCCAUAACGCGCACAAUGCUCAGUCUCAUCCCCCAGUCAGCUUCCCAUGGAUUCCUAGCUCGUCGCGGCUCGUCUCGUACGUGAUGAUCUAUCGCGGAGUUUCGCCAGCGACAAGGUCCGACGACUGGUCGCCGCCUCAGCGGCCAGUUCCCUCCAGACGCCCGAGCGGAGUCGUUCGCGGCCACCGCGCUUCAAGUGGACUCGCUCGCGACGGACGCGAGAUGACGGCCACCAGGCAAGCGUGGGGGACCCUCCUGACCUUCUUCCUGAUCGCCGUCAAGCUCGCCGCGGCCGCGAACACGCAAACUUUCGUGGUGAGCAACACACUGGACGAUAAGGAUUACUUUGUGGGACCCUGUCUAGUCAACACCAAUCAGACCUGUCCCGACCAAGAGGUGACGUUCUACCUCUACACCAAACACAACCCUGACGCGGGGCAACAACUGCUGGUGAACGAGUCGGCCUCGAAUCUCGCAGGCACCAACUUUGUAGCCAAGUUAGCCACGAAGAUCAUCAUUCACGGUUACAAUUCGGACAUGCAGUUGGACUACUUGGUGGACAUUAGGAACGAGUAUCUGAAGAAGGGCGGUUACAACAUAAUCGCGGUCGACUGGCACCGUCUGGCGGCCGCGCCGUGUUACCCGAUGGCCGUCCACAACGUGCCCCACGUGGGUGACUGCCUGGCCCAGAUGAUAGAACGUCUGAAGGAUUACGGGGCGACGGACAUCCACGUGAUCGGCUUCAGCCUGGGCGCCCACGUGCCGGCUUUCGCAGCCAACGCGCUGCGCCCUUAUCGGCUGCCGAGGAUCACCGGCCUCGAUCCGGCGAUGCCGCUCUUCGUCACCGUGAACAAGGACGAGAAGCUCGACGCGAGCGACGCCGAGUUCGUCGACGUGCUGCACACCAACGCCUUCAUCCAGGGUAAGAUCGAGGCGAGCGGCCAUAUCGAUUUCUACAUGAACGGAGGGGUCAACCAGCCCGGCUGCUGGGAGCAACGGAACCCCUUCGGCUGCAACCAUCACAGGGCCGCCGCGUACUUUGCCGAGUCGAUCAACUCGAGGAUCGGCUUCUGGGGCUGGCCCUGCUCCGGUUUCGUGGCUUAUCUUCUCGGUCUCUGCCCGCCCAGAUUCCCCGCGGUGCUCAUGGGCGAGGACAUCAAUAGGAGAUAUCAGGGAUUCCAUCUGGUGAAGACGAGGGCACGAAGCCCGUACGCGGAGGGGAUGUUCACGGUGGAUCAGCAGGAUCUUUACGUGUGAUCGCGGGACGUGCGCGGGCCGCGCGGGCGUCAAUGGCCCGUCUCGAGGAAAAUGUUACGACGAGGAGAGAGACCGUCGGCGGUGAGAGAGGAGAUAGAGAUAGAGACUCCGUACAGAUUGAUGAAACGCGAAGGUGCCGGCGAAAAUGUAAAGGACUCCUCGUGUUAACGUCAUCGCGCGUCGGCGAGAUUGAGAUGUCUCAAUAUCGAGCGCCGAGUACCUUGUCAAGGGAAUACCGUCGUAAGUCGCGUUCGACGCGCCGCAGCGACGCGAGCUCCCGAAUAGAAAUAGAACGUCAGAGGUAUCCUUAUCUAAUCUAGAGGAAGAGGGAAGCAGAGGAGGGAAGAAAACGCGCGACGUAGUGUCCGCGACUUGGCAAUCUCGAAAGUGAUAGAAAAGUGCGUUUUAUCUUCGUCACUCUUGCACUCGUAGAAGAUAGCGCGCGCGCGCGCGCGUGCGUGCUAAUAAGUUAUCGCACCUUCGCUGGCUUUACAGCGUAUAAUAUCGUUACGAUACAUUACAAUGUGUAAUAUUCCGCAGCAAUAUCGCCGAGCUGACGCUCCCGCGGAACAUUCAUUCCGGAGAGAACGUUCAUCGCGGGGAAACGGCGCGGCGAUCGCGCUUCCUGCGCUACCGCGACAAUGCAUUGUAAUUUCAACGUGUUCAUCGUUGUCAUCGUCCGAGUUAAUCGCGCCUGCGGCUGAACGGAAAGAAGGCAACGAGCGAAAGAUUCGACCUGAGCGGAGAAUCUCGCGCGCGCGCGCGCGGACUGAGGCGCGUUUCUUCGUCAACUUUGGAACACGUUGUACGUUACGUUACGAGCUCGCGAGCCCGAGGUUGCGCGAGGAGGAGCUCAAGGAGGAGGAAGAGGUCUAGCACCGUGUCAAGGUCAGACAGAACUGUAGCCGGGACCUGCUAAUCGAUAUCUCGCCAAACCGGAGAAGUGGGGCGGACAUGACUGCGACAUGCUCGCGUAGCGGGCAAUUUCUUAUCGAUCCAAUGCGCGGGAGCUCGCUCAUUCGCUCGUAUGUCGAUCGAAUAAAAAGUAUUUAACUGUAUCUAUCCAUCUAUCGGUCAGCCUACCCAUCUCUAUAUCUCUCCCGUUCGUCUGUCUGUCUGUCUGUCUGUCGGACGGUCGGACGGUCGGUCGGUCGGUCGGUCGCUCGCUCUGCCCGCCUGUGUGUCCGCCGUCUAUCUGUCCGUUUAUCCGCCUAUUUAAAUUGUUUCCCUACCGACGUAUUUUCACGGUAACGAUAUUGUCGAGCCUCGACGUCGUCGGACUCGCGGACUCGACGCGGAUUCACCGGUAGACUUUCUCCGAUUAUUCUCUAUCUCGACAUGUUUCCCGUGUUCCUCGUAAUUAUUCAUCGAUAAUGAGAGAGUAUGUGUACGUUUAAACGCAUGGCUGCCCCUGUAGAAAAAUAUGCACCGUGUAUGUCGUCAGUGACGUACGAGUCUUGAGAAAUGAGAUUUGGAAUGGACGGGUACGGUAACGCCGGUAUAUGCCGGUGCGCAGGAUUUCUCGCAAACCUCGCUCGCGACUCGCUCGUGUCUUCCGCGGGGAUGCUCGAUAUCAAGGAAGCGAUGACUCUUGCUACGGCAAGCUACCGGAAGCCUCACCAACUGAUUCUGUUAAGUCCCUAAGGAUCGAUCUCGGGAGAAUAAAACCUAUUACCCGUGUACGUCACGGGAGACACUUGCCCGAAGUCAAAGGUAUCGCGCGCGCGAGUGGCUUCUCGUUUAUUUUUACCUUGGACCGUUGCAAAAAUCGGGGGAAGCAAACUCGAUUUGCUUUGUAUGUGCAUGCGUAUGUGUGUGUGUGUGUGUGUGUGUGGAUAUGUGUGCGCACCCGCAUGUAUUACAGCCAACAUAUAUUGUAUCGAGAGUCAAAAGAAACAAAAUAAAAUAAAAUCUCGUGGGAUUCGAUUCAGUGAA